AUGGAGACAAAUUUGACUGCUAUGAUAGAGAGGAUCAUGGCCCAAAAUGGUCUGAACACCGGACUUCGAAGGCCAAAUUAUACAUCCCCUUUAUCGGAUAAUAUUUUACAAACUGAAUUACCCAGGGGUUACAAGGUCCCUAAGUUUACCAAAUUUUCAGGGGAUACUAGUGAAUCUACCACAGAGCACAUAGCCAGGUAUAUGACAGAGACUGGAGAUUUGGCGAACAAUGAGGAUCUGAGGAUGAAGUAUUUCCCCAGUUCUCUAACCAAGAACGCUUUCACAUGGUUCACAACACUACCACCAAAUUCUAUAGAUACUUGGCCUCAGUUAGAGAGGUUCCGUUUGUUAAAAGCUAGAUGCUUUACAGUGGUGCCUGAACACGAAUUAGUCAAAAUGGCCGCUGGAGGUUUAGAUUACUCUAUCAGGAAGAAAUUGGACACUCAAUAUCUGCGAGAUAUGGCCCAAUUGGCUUAUAGGGUUCGCCAGGUCGAAAGAUUAAAAGCUGAGAAGGCUAGGGCAAAUAAAAGCUAUAAAAAGGAAAGGGUUACCUACGUCGAAGUAGACGAAGGAGAAUCAAAGAUCUCCAAGGACCAAUAUGGUUUCGAAGACUGCAAAGUAGAUCUAGUCUAA